AUGAGCAAUCGGGAGGAGCGAUGGGAGGCGCUUCGGAUGUACCUCUGGCCGGCCGGCGCGCCGCCUGAGGCGGCCAGCAGCUGGGCCGGCGACGGUGCAGAGCCGAGCCCCUCCGACGCGGACGAGCUGCAGCAGCGCGGGCAGGAGAUGCAGUCGCGCGGCGAGGAGCUCGCGCUCAAGGGCGCCGAGCUCCAGCUGCGCGGCCAGGAGCUGCAGCUCGCGGGCGAGGAGCU